AGGGGAGGGAGUAGUGACUGAUGUCUAGCAAGAGCCCUUGGUAGGUAGACCCCACCAAGGCAUCCCCUAGACACCACCAUGUUCCUCUUCUCUCGUAAGACCAAGACCCCCAUCAGCACCUACACUGACUCCUACAGGGCUCCUACCUCCAUCAAGGAGGUCUAUAAGGACCCACCUCUGUGGGCCUGGGAGGCCAACAGGUUUGUGACGCCGGGCCUGACUCAGACCUCACAGCGCCACGUGGAUCCUGAUGCCCUGCAGAAGAUGGUCAAAUGUGCUGUGCAAGACUACAGCUAUAAGAAUGCCAUAGCAGGCCACCCCUACUUGCCUGAGAAGUACUGGCUUUCUCAGGAGGAAGCAGACAAAUGCAAUCCAAAUUACCUGUACGGUGACCGGUAUGCCACAUGGAGGACGGGACCUUACAACAGUGCCGGCUGGAACAAGUAUACCACCUGCCUUCCCCGGCUGCCUAAGGAAGCCGGGAUGGAGACUGUAGAUCGAGGAACGCCCUUGGAGUGCCCUCCGAAGCCGGAGCGGCUCAAUGCCUACGAGCGCGAGGUGGUGGUGAACAUGCUGAACUCGCUGUCAAGGAGCCAGCCGCUGCCUCAUAUCGCACCCCGAUGCGGGUGCGUCGACCCGCUGCCGGGCAGCCUGCCCUUUCAGGAUUACGAAAACCCCUGCUCCGGCCGACACUACUGUCUACGCGGGAUGGACUACUACGCCACCGGGGCGCCGUGCACCGAACGCCAGCUGCGGCCUCUGCGCCACCGGCAGCCGACUGUAAGGGGUGCAUCGCCCUGCGAACACCGAUCCGGAAUGCAGUGUGCUGUUACAACUCCCCCGCCAUCAUACUACCCAUAUCUGAACCUUAGAUGGGACACAAGUCACUUCAAGAAGUCUGGUGGUCCCCAGAGAAACAACUAUGUCGUCCAUCCUGAGUUUGUGUCUGAGACCUAUCCCGACUACCGCUGCUGGUAGAGCCCGGGCUGGCCGAGCUAAGAGGGU